AUGUUUCGGAAUCUCUGUGGUAAGGACAGUCUCAUGAACGCCAUUCUCGUCACUACUAUGUGGGAAGAUGAGUAUGCAGCAAUAGGAGAAAGGCGAGAGCAAGAGCUGAUCGCUACGUGUGGUUUCUGGGGAGCCCUGGUCGAAGAAGGCGCUCAAAUCAAUCGCCAUAAUAAAACCCGCUCAUCCGCCAUGUCCCUACUCAGAACGAUUGCCAGAAACGAUCGAGUCACUAUUUCCAUUCAAAAGGAAAUGGUCAGUGAGCACAAAGAUUUGAAUAAGACGGAAGCUGGUAUUGGCCUUAACUCAGACUUCCUUCUAGCUGAACAGAGGGUCAUGAAGGAGAUGUCAGAAGCCCUCGAAAUGCAGAGGCAAGCCAGGAAGGACCAGGAUGAAAGGUCAGCCGAAGAACAACGCCAAUAUCGGGAGACGAUGCAGAAAAGGGUUGACCAUCUCAAUCAAGGACGAGAGAAUCUCAAGAUAGGUCUAGAAGAGAUGAAGGAACAGAGACAUCGCUUCAAAGUACUGGAGGGCAAGUAUCGGAAAAGCCAAGAGCGAAUGCGCCACAGGACAAGAUCGAGAAUCUGGAAGAGCAACACAGGCUCCGAGAGCAAGAGAUGCUUCAACGAACCGAAGAAGCCAGUAGGGAAUUCAAGAGUCUCCGUCUUCAACUAA